AUGGGAGAUCUUGAUACCCUCGUCGAAAUGGGUUUCGAYAAGCAAAAGUCCACCCUGGCCCUCAAGAAAGGCGGCAAUCUGACUGGGGCAAUUGACUGGCUGGACAAGAACGCCAACAAGUCUAUUGAGGAGAUGAACACCGACGAGGCCGGCUUCGAGGAUGAAGCUGGAGCACCUGCACUUGAGGUUGGCGAGCAGGCGAAGAGCAUGAUUUGCAACGAGUGCAACAAGAAGUUUCGCAGCAUGGCCCAGGCGAGCUUCCACGCCGAGAAGUCUGGCCAUACUGACUUCGCCGAGUCGAGUGAGGAAAUCGCACCACUCACCGAAGCAGAGAAGGCACAGCGUCUACAGGAGCUGCGCGAGAAGCUCGCUGCAAAGCGUGCGGGUCAGGCGAAUGAGGACAAAUUGGCCAACAAGCGAAACGAGGAGAUCCGUCGCAAGCACACCAAAGAACACGACGACACCAAAGAGAUUCUCCAACGGAAGGAGCAGAUCAAGGAGGCUGCGGCCAAGAAGCAGGAGAAGUUGGACGACAUCGCGGCGAAGAAGCGCAUCAAGGACAAGAUUGAGGCAGACAAGGCAGCGCGAAAGGCGAAGCAGGAACAGGACCGGGCCAUGCGUGCAAACCCCGAUGCCUACAACCCCGGCGCUCCCACCGAACCUGCAGCUCCUCCACCAAAGCCGAAGACCAACCACACCGAGGCUCGGCUCAAGCUCAUGACACCAAGCGGAGGCACGCACAUGCAGACCUUCCCAGCCGAGACUACAUUGUUCGAGGUCGCCGCCGCUAUUAAGGAUGCCGUCGGCGAGGAGGUCACUUCGUUCGAGCYGAAGUUUCCACGCAAGGUGUUCAGCUACCAGGACUUUGGUAUCACAGUCAAGGAGGCUCAGCUGGUGCCGAGCGGCGUGCUUCAAUGUCGGUCUGCGUAG